AAAUGUGUCAUAAAGUCCCGUUUUGAGGCUGUCAGGUACUAUGAUAAUCCUGGGAGUGAUUUUCUUUUUACUUUGCUAAUAUUCGCGCUGCUGUAUCCGUCAGUUCAGAAAUGUUUAGCGUUCAAGAAUGGGAGUAAAUAUAAACUCUAACGAGCAGGUCACUCAAUGUUUGCUGGGGAUUUUGAAGAGAGAUCAGUGAAGAUUUUAUAUUAGCAAGUACAGACUCCUCAUAUGUUGUCGGAUUCUUCAAUGUAAACACUGCAGUGGAGUGCAUAAGCGUUGACAAUGUGCUGAAGAUUGUCAUAUUUCCUCCUAAAUUGGUAUCCUGGACCAUAUGCAGAAACAUUGUACUGGCCUGGCUGAGUGUCAAAUUUCAAGAACGCCUAGACAGUCAGAGAUCCUUGGGAGAUGGACACCGCCAUGGAAGUACGAACAGAUGGUAACUCUCUGUUGAAAGCGGUCUACCUGAGUAGACUGCGCCUCACCAGGUUACUGCUUGAAGGCGGGGCUUACAUCAAUGAAAGCAAUGAACAAGGUGAAACCCCUCUAAUGAUUGCUUGCAAGACAAAACAUGUGGACCAACAAAGCAUCAGCAAAGUGAAAAUGGUAAAAUAUCUCUUGGAAAACCAGGCAGAUCCUAAUAUUCAGGACAAAUCAGGAAAGACUGCUUUAAUGCACGCAUGCAUAGAGCAGGCUGGUGCAGAGGUCAUAGCUUUGCUACUCGAAAAUGGUGCUGACCCGAGUUUGGAAGAUCACUCAGGUGGUUCUGCUUUGAUUUAUUCAGUAAAUUCUGAAGACACGGAAGCCCUCAAGGUACUGCUGGAUGCCUGUAAAGCAAAAGGAAAAGAAGUAAUUAUCAUCACAAUGGACAAGUCACCCUCAGGCAGGCAGAUGACUAAGCAGUAUCUAAAUGUACCCCCUUCUCCGGAUAUUGAAGAUCGACAUUCACCAAUCCCUUGCACCUCACCCUCCGAUAUUGAGCUGAAAACAUCACCACCUCCCCUAACAAACAAUAUAUUUAAAGAUAAGCAGGUUUUUAACUUCAGAGAUCCAGUUCACCUCUUCAGUGACAAAGAUUCCUCUGAGUUAACUUCUCCAAAUAGGAAGUCUAGCCAGCCACGACAUGAUGACAAGUUUCCCCAGUUGCAAAGGUUGAACUCUGAACCCUGGUUGGCUCUGCCUCCUUCACUCUCAUCUCAGCACAAAACAUCUUCAUUUCAUGAAGAAGUCCAAAACCUGACCACAGAAGAAAACCUCUCCCUGAAAAUCAAUGGCUUAACUCUACCCAAGCGAUUCUUUACCAGGCAUCAGAGUAUUGAUGUCAAAGAGACUGCAGCCCUGUUAAGAACCUUAGACCAAGCAUCAGCUUUAACUGCUCCAAGGAAAUUUUCCUGUGAUGAAAUACACACUCAACCUCUUCAACCAGGCCUGGGUUGCAAUAACACAAUUCCUGUGGACCAGGAUCCAGAUUCAAUACAAACAAUUUCUGUUUCAAGUUUACAGAGUAUUGUCCAGAAAAGAAACUUGGGCCUUGAUCACUAUAAUUCUGACUCACAACUCACAAUCUGUUCCAAGCAAACAGUCACAGAUGAAAGCAAAAUAUUGCCAGAGCGGAAGAAAAUAGUGUCUUCUCCAUUAUCAGUGCUAACCAGUUCAAGAGAGUCUCUGGACAAUUUGCCAACUGGCUGUCUGAGCACUGCCAGCAAGAUACAUGCUGGGUUUCUAGAGAGGCGAGGUUCAGGGACCCUGCUCUUAAACCAGAUUUCACAAACAAGACUAGGCUACCUCCCACCUUUAAACGUAAAUCCCCAUCGACCAGUUCCUGAUAUGGCACCCAACAACCAAGGAACUGCAUCAUUUUCCAAUGCCACAAAGCCUCAAAUACCGUUGGCUCCAAACACUCAAAACCGAACAGAUGUCAAAACUAAAAAGAUGUUGUUCAGGAGACAUUCCGUCCAAGUGGAGCAAAUGAAACAGCUGGCAAACUUUGAGGAUAUUUUUGGACAGUGAAGGCUUUUGUACCAGAAUAGCUAGUAGAUGACCAAGGGACGCACUCAGAUUUUGGAAAGAAAUAUGUUAGUCUUCGCAGGUUUUGUUGAACUAAUAU